UUAUUUUCUCAACCAGACAAAAUGGUGGAGAAGACAGCAUUUUGUUAUCAUCGGGCAGUCAAUAAGGGUAUUAUGUUGAACUUGUAUAUGCAUCAAGCAUUGGGAAUGUUACUAAACAUGUUAGAAACUGAAGAUAUCAGUCAAAUUGAAAAGAAAGUAAGAGAUAUUUUUCUCUUUGUACCAAAAGUUUGGAUCAAUUAGCAUGUGUUGGGGCAUUUUUUCAUAUUAUACGUAGACAAGUGACAAUGCACGGCACAGGUUUGUUUAAGCUUGAUUCCUCUACUGACAUUUCCAGUAUGCCAUUAACAGGUGAAGGAGUUUUAGGUCAUGGUCUUGAUGAUAUUUUGAGAGAAAGGAAAGAAGUCAAGAAAACUUUAGAUGAACUUCUUCCAGAAUCCAAAUCAAGGAAGUUUUUAAAACGUAAAAGUGCUUCAUCACAGGGUGAUUCCUCCACUACUCCUGCUAAAAUGAUGUGUGAUAAACCUGCAUCUGGAUAUAAUGGACAAAAAUCCAGGGAUAAUUUUCGUAUCCCAAAGAUUAAUGAUCGAAACAAACCAGAAGGAAGUGGCUCUAGAUCAUUCGAGACUAAAUCAUACACGUCUAAACAGCCUUACAAGUCAGCAGGCAGAGGAAGAGGUGUUCACACUAAAUCCGGAAAACAAUGACUCGAUGCUGAAACAGCCCCCAUUUGAACCCAUGAAGUUAGCCAAGUUGAAAUAUUUGACAUGGAAGACAGUAUUUUUAAUUGCUAUCACAACUUUCAAAAGAUGCAGUGAUCUUCAAGCUAUGCGCAUAGGUGAAGGAUCUGUCAAUAUUCAGGAAAAAGGUGUCACUUUUUAUAGACAUGGUCUUUCUAAGCAAGAUAGACAGGGUCAUCAAAGUAAGAAUAUUUUCAUUCCAACGUUUAAGGACAAUAAAUAUUUAGAUCCUAAGAGAGCUUUGUAUUGGUAUUUGAAACGCACAGAUGAUUUACGUAAGGAAACAAAUGAGUUGAGUUUAUUCUUGACGACAAUCAAGCCACAUAAACCUGUGUCUGCACAGACUAUUUCAAAUUGGAUAGUGAGUGUUAUCAAGAAAGCUUAUAAAUCUAAAGAAUUACUAGAACCAAAAGUGCGGGGACAUUCAACUAGGUCAAUUGGACCUUCAUGGGCUUUGUUUAAAGGGGCAAAGUUGGUGGACGUAUUGAACAGUGCAGAUUGGUCUCGUGCUUCAACGUUCAUAAAGUUUUAUCUGAAAGAAGUCUCGUUGGACUGUUUAAAAUGUUAAAAAAAAACGGCGAGUUGGUGUAU